AGAACACAACUUAAAGUACAUAGGUUUGAGAUCCUGAGCAACCUGCAUCGUGAUGAGUUUGCACUGUGGCGUUUUUCUAUAACUUGCCCGAUCAAGGAGCAAGUUCCUAACUACAAGAAGAUGGUCGAUUCCGACUCGAUGAUUCCGGAAGAAAAAGAUGCAGUGAGAUUUUCGCCGCGGCAUAAAUUAUUCAUCAAAAUUUUAUCGUUUUCGCUCAUCGUCCUCUUCAUCCUAGCCGUUGUAUUUCAGGUUUGCGCGAUCUUGGAAAACACAAACUACAGUCAAAUUGGGACCGGAAUAUGGUGCGGUGUAGUGUAUGGCGGCACAGGCGUCACGGGUCUAUUAGCCGUCCGUAGUCGCCAACGCGAAGACAAGGCCAUGACAAUUGGCUUGUUAUGCAUGGCUGCAACGUCCGUUUUCACUUCCCUUGCGCUCAUGAUUAUAGCUUUGCUUUCUCUCACUAGCACAAUUCAAGAAACAUACUCCAAGCUAUCUAUCGCAUUCAAUGCUGUUUUGAUCGGAGUGGGAUUUAUGGGCUUAGUCGUGUCUACAAUUAUGAUAAUCAUUACUGCCAUCUGCAUGUCACCUCGUAAACGCGCAUCGCCGCAGCCUAUUUCAAACGAGAUGCACCCGCAGCCUAUUUCAAACGAGAUGCACGAUACCAAAAAGGAUUCAAUAGACGCUGAUACACAGCAACCGAUAGAACAAAUACAUCCGCCUUCGGUAACAACUGUUUCGCAGCACACAGCUGAAUCGCACGGUUCGACAGAUUCAGACAGUAUCUACGAAACGCUUAAAUUCCAGCAGAGUAAUGCGGCGGACGAGACAAGUUUAGACGUGCAGGCGUCCAAAUUAAUUGACCAAUUUAUCGAACCCAUUUACGCCAUCCCAAUGAAAAAGAAGAUCAAUUCCAGUUCGAACCUCUCAGUUGGAGGUGAUUUCGAUAUAGAGGUGGACAACCGACAGGAGGGCGAGGAAAAUAAAGUCACAUCGACCAAAUGGUUCAAUGUAGCGCCAGAGGAAGAACCAAUUGGGUCAGAUGUCGACGAUAGUGAAUAUUCAAGAAAUAUAGAACUGCCAAAAGAAGAUGUUAUAGUUCACCCCCCACCAAAGUGAUACUCGUCUAGUUGAAUUUCAAGGGGUUUUGGGGCCAUAAAAUGGGGAAACCCAUUAAACGUAUUAAUUGUGUAUGAAAAUGCUCCACUAUGAAUUCCAAAAAUGCAUGCAUUGGAAAUAGA